CAAACGCACUUGCGUUUGACUGCUGUUAUGCGCGCCCUUCGCACUGAAACCUGAGGCGCGGUAACGGAGCUCUCACAGCGCUUCCAGGGUUUAUUUUUAACGAGACAAGCUAUGAAGUAAACAAUGCACGCUAAUAUCAGCAGCGCCAGUAGGCUAGGUGACAUGCGGAGCCCUACUAGCCUCAUAGUCUGAGCCAGGAGUCCUGGACCAUGGCAACACCGCUUGGCUUUCCACUGGACUCUUUGAAAUGGAGCGCCAGUGGACUGGGGAGCGCCGACGACUUGGCGGCACCGCUGAACUCGCAAGAACUCGCAUUUCUUGGACCACCGUCUCGGUCGUGCACCGCGCGGAGCUCCCUCGGCGCGGAUCUCAUUGGUGCUGAACUAGAUCAGCUGCUUUUAGAUGCAGAGCGUCAUUUGCGCGCUCUGGGCGCGAACGACAGCCUGCGCCGGGGCCCACUCGGCAGCGACGUGACUCCGGACCCCGGCCCGUCGGGGGUCGUUACCCCGCAGCCGUCUGCUAGGCCCGGCCCUGCAACCGACCAGAACAUGUCAGCAGCAAGCGGCCAGCAGGCAGCAGCCGCGGCGCCAUUGACAGCGGUUGCGGCGACGAGCCGCCUGCCCCAGCCCAGCGGUCCCCGGCCACUGCGGCCGCUGGAUGCCCUGCCAUCCCUCCCUGACUUCGGCAUAUUCGGCUGCGACAGCGGCGCCCUUGAGCCCGACCAGGAGCAGCAGCAGCAACAAAGGCAGCCGCCGGGGCAGGGCCAGAGGGGCCGGCCGCAGCUACAACAGCAGCAACAGCAGCAGCAACAGCAGCAGGGGCUGGGGCUGAGGCAGGGGCGGAGCAGGCGGAAGCUGUGGCGGCUGUCGUCAGAAGACGAGGCGUUGUUCGGUGCUGACAUGGCCGACCUGGAGGCGUCCCUGGCAGGCGCACCCGUUGUAGGGGCCGCGACAGGCGCGCCUGGCGGGUCCGCUGCCACCGGUACCGCCGCCACCGGUGCCGCUGCUGCCGCCGCCGCUGCGGCUGCGGACGUUGCGCAGGUGCCGCCGGGCAGUGGCAAGCCGCCGCGCGCUCCGCCACCCCCCACCGCACCCCCGGCCCCCUCGUCCACGUCCACCCUCGGCAGCUCCUUCGCCCACGCCACAGUCGCCGCCGCCGAGGCCGCCGCCUCCUUGGCGUCUUCGCUUGCGCCCGCGGCGGCGCACGCGGCCGCUUCUUCCUCCCAGGGUGCCGCGGGCGCCGCAGGUACAGCUGAUGCCGCGCUCUUCCUCGCCGCCGGCGCAUGUGGCGGUGGCGCCACCAGACGUGCGGGCGGUGCCGGCUUUGCGGUCAUGAGCGCGGGCGCGGGCGCGGGCGCAGGCGCGGGCGGUGGCGGUGGUGGUGGCGGCGUGGGUGUGGGCGCUGGCGAGCGGCCCUCGCUGCCGCUGCUGCUGCCGCGCGGCGGCGCCGGCGGUGGUGCGGCGGAGCUGCUGCAGCAGUACCUGAUGCUGUCGGCGGACGUGGAGGGCGAGCUGCGGGAGCUGGAGGGGGACAGGGAGGAGGAGGUGGGGGAGGAGGAGGGCGAGGAGGGGGCGGAGGGAGUGGAGGGGGAGAUGGAGAGCAGGGGAAUGGAGAGCAGGGAGGAGGUGGACAGGGAGGAGGAGCGCAGGGAGGAGCGGCGGCGGGAGGGCAGCGGGCAAGAGGGCCGGGGGCAAGAGGGCGGCGGCGUUGGAGGAAGAGUGGGAGGAGGAGGUGGUGGUGGCGGCCUGCUGAUGGGCUGUCGUACAGCUGACAUGGAUCAGGAGGAGCGGCGGCGGGACGGUGAGCUGCGCGAGUUCGAGUCCAUGGAGCGGCAGGUGGAGGCGGCGGCGGCGGCGGCCAGGGACACGGCGGCGGCAGCGACCGCAGCCGCAGCCGCAGCCGCGGGUGCAGCCGCCACGGGGGCAGUAUCAGGAAUAGGACCAGCACCAGAAGUUGCGGUCGCGCUGGCUGCUGCGAGCGGGGAUGUGGGCGGGGUGGCGGUCGCGGGUGCGGCCAGUGCGUUAUGGGCCGCCAUGGAGCUGGAGCUGCAGGCCGCGUACGGCGGUGGCGGCGGCCACGCGGCGGCGGCAGGGGCGGCGGCGGCGGCGGCGGCAGCGGCGGCGGGUGCCUCGGCGGGUGCGGCAGCGGCGGCGGCAGCGGUUGCCAAGGCGGGGGCGGCGGCAGCCAACGUCACUGCUGGAGCCGUGCGCGAUGCAGGUGCAGGCGCCGGCACCACGAGCACAGGUGCUGGCGGUGCGCUCCCGAACUACUGGCUGCAAUCCGUGGACCUGUGCACAGCAGGCAGCAGCCGCCAACCAGGCGUUGACGCCAGCGGUGAAGCCAGUCAAGGCGCGGUGGCGGCGGUGGCGGCGGCGGCGGCACCGGCCGAGCGUCGGGCGCCGCGGCGUGCCGCAUCUCGUGCGGACCGGCCCGCGGCCCUUGCAGGCACCGCAGCUUCAUCAAGUGGCGAAUUAAAUCCAGAAGGGGAUCCCGACACGGAGCUUGAUCCGGAUCUGCUUGCGGCUGAGGCGGCCGCGGCAGCAGCUGCGGUGAUGGCGGGGGUGGCGGGGCCGUGGUCUGCACCCUGCACGCCUGGACACGUCGGCGGCAGCAGGGGCGGGCGAGACGUCGGCGGCGCAGCGGCAGCGGCAGCGGCAGCUGUGGCGUUGGCUGGCCGCGGCGGCGCUGGUGGUGGCGUGUUGCGGGGCGUCGCAGCCUUAGGCUUAGGUCGCGGCGCCACCACAAGCGAGGGCGGCGGCCUGAGAAACCAGGAAGAUGCAGGGGCGUGGGCGGGCUUUGGCGGAGGCGGCGGCGGCGGCGGCGGCGGCGGCGGUAAUGGCGAGGAGGCGCCGAGCUCGUGCUUUGCAUCGCCGUCAGGCGCUGCGUGCUCGGCCCGUGCGGCGGCGGGCCUUGUGUAAUGUGCAGCAAUUCAAUUUGAGCACGUGUGUACCUGCUUGGGAAAUUCAUCCAAAAUCUGUGGGCUGGUCGCGCGCAACAGCAAACGUUGCCGCGACAUUUUGAGAAGCACCAGAGACGCACAUUGGAAUCAUGUGAAGCAGCAGCAUCAGGCAUGCGAGUGUGUAUGCACACAUGUACACGAGGAAACAAAUGUGGGGCGCUCAUGCAACUGGUAGUGGUGAUAAUGGUGGGUUGUUAACACAAAUUUACUAGUUACCCUUGAGCUAGUGACCCUUGAUGACAGCAGUGGCAUUAAGUGUGCACGGCAGCUGGGCCCUGGAGCCGCGUCGGCCCGCAGCAGACGCGCUGCCGGACAUUGCAUGGCUAGCGGCAAAGACAAGCCCAUAGGAAAAUGAGGGCCACUUGACGGGACAGGGCGAGCGUGCAUUGGUAAGAGCACAAGGGGAAUGCGUGUGUACUGUACCGUCCGCCGUGAGUGUGUGUGUGUGUGUGUGUGCGUGUGUGCGUGAGUGUGUCUUUGUGUGUGUACUGUUUGUGUAUGCCGUAUGUCGGUAUGCGUUUUGGAAACUCAAGGGAAGGAGCCGGCACUGCUGCGCACUGCGCACUGGAUGCACCUGUGCAUGCUAGAGGCUGCGAGGUGCAUGGGCUGGUCUUCUUGGCGGAAGAUGGAUCGCAGAUCGCUCGGUCGGUUGCAGUGCUAGGCUCAGGCGUCGGCGAUUGUGCUAGUCCGCAGAUGCGUACGGAGAUUGUCAAUGGGUGUGUGAUGGGACAGGGUUCAGGCAGGUUGGCGAGGUCCCAUAGGGUGCAGCUGACGCCCGUACCCCAAGCAGACAGCAAACAGUUUGCAGCGGCAGAGCAGGAGUGCAUGGCUGGUCGAACGCCGGAGUUACUGUACCGACAAGUUGCUGGCUGGCUGGAAGUUUGCUGAUGCGCAUUGUCAAUGGGUGCGGCAGUGUCUGGGCGAGGCCGCGCCUUGUGGGAAACACAAGUGGUGUUACUAGCGCUGCCCUGUACGUGCGCCUUCUGGUGAUGUGAUGGACACAGGCAGUGCUGCAGUAGGGUACAAACGUGGUUCUUACAUUCAGUGCUUGCUGUUGAUCACAGUAGUGUGUCACAGCCGUUGCCUUGCACAGCGGCACAGCCAUGUGUGCGGUGUGCGUGCGUGUCUUCAAAUGUCUGCAAGGUUCUCUCCUCGGCCCUCUCGCUCGGAUUC